GUCCUGUGUUCCUGCUGGUGGUGGCCUGGAGCAGGCCCCCCUGACACACUCUCUGUGGGGCUCAAGACCUAAGAGAAACCCCGGCACCCGGAGAACCACAAAGAGGAGAUGACACUGGUGGAAGAACUUACCCAAGCAUUUGAAGGCAAAGCCUUGCCUUCUGAGGAUGUCUGCCCUCUUCACGACAGCUUCUUCAGGUAUGAGAAGGAAAUGGAAGUGCGAUCUCAGCCGAUCCCAUCCCAGCCCCCUGUGAGCUUCAAGGAUGUGGCUGUGACCUUCACGCAGGAGGAGUGGGGACAGCUGGACUCAGCCCAGAGGAUGCUGUACAUCGACGUGACUCUGGAGACCUGCAGCCACCUGGUCUCCCUGGGGCUUCUGCUUCCCAAACUGGAUGUGAUCUCCUGGCUGGAGCAAGGGGAAGACCCUUGGAGGGUGAAGCAGGGACCUCUCCGAGACUGGAAGACUACUCUUGAAAAGAAAGAGCCAGCUUCCAAAGAGGAUAUUGCUGUGGAAGAACCAUCCCAAUGCGUGGAAGUGAAAGGCUGCAUCCGGGAAGAGGGCCUGUGGUCGGUGUCAUUAGAAGUGCAGGGUUGGAGGGACCAGCUAGGGGAGCACAAGGACUUGGCUUCUUUGAGUCAAACAGGACUCACCUCAGAGAGACUGUUUACUCAAGAGGAACAUUGUGAGCAUGACCUUCGGGGAAGUCGUCUGAGCUUAAGCCUUGUGCCUCCAACAUUAUCCACAAGAACACAUUUCCAUAAGUUAGACUCACAGGUUAAAAAGUUGAAACAGAAUUCUGUUUUCAUUAAUCAUCAAAAAGACUGGGCUGAUCUGAAACCCUGUGAAAAUCAUCAAAGUUCUAGAGCCUUCUGUCAGAGCAUUUACUUGAAUAAACUUGCAAAUGAUGAAAUGGGAAAUAAAAAACCUUAUGAAUGUACUGUCAGUAGUGGCUCUUUCAACUAUGGUACCUCCCUUCAUUUUCGUAAUAUAAUUUUUUCAGCAGAGAACUUCGAUGACUGUAAGGACUAUGGAGAUAUCGUUAAUCAUAGCAUGUCUCUGAGUGAACACAAGCCAGUGCAUUUUGGGGAAAGUCAGUGUGAGUGUGAUGAAUGCCUUGUACAAACUGAAAUAAGUGAUCCUGGAGAGGCACCGUUCAGAUGUGAGGAGAACCGUAAUGCCUUCCGUGUGGCCUCAUCUUUUACUGACUGUGACAUUCAGACCAGAAAGAAGCCAUAUGCGUGUAAUCAGUGUGGAAAAUCUUUCAGCUGUUGCUCUAAGCUUGUUGUACACCAGAGGACACACACUGGAGAAAAGCCCUAUGAAUGUACCUGGUGUGGGAAGUCUUUCAGCCAGAGCUAUGACCUUGUUGUACAUCAGAGAACUCACUCUGGUGAGAAGCCCUACGAAUGUAACCAGUGUGGGAAAUCCUUCACCCAGAGUUCCAAACUUAUUAGGCAUCAGCGAACUCACACUGGAGAAAAACCAUAUAAAUGUCACGAAUGUGGGAAAUCUUUCAGGUGGAACUCGAACCUUAUUGUACAUCAAAGAAUUCAUACUGGAGAGAAGCCUUAUGAGUGUGCUCAUUGUGGAAAGUCCUUUAGCCAAAGCUCUGACUUUGUCGCACAUAAAAGGACACACACUGGGGAGAAGCCCUAUGAAUGUAACCAGUGUGGAAAGUCCUUCAUCCGAAGCACUCAACUUAUUAGGCAUCUGCGAAUUCACACUGGAGAGAAGCCGUAUAGAUGCAAUCAGUGUGAUAAAGCCUUCGCUGGGAGCUCUCACCUCAUUGAACAUCAGAGAACUCAUACUGGAGAGAAGCCUUUUGAAUGUAAUCAGUGUGGGAAAGCCUUUACUGGGAGCUCUCACCUUCUUUCACAUCAGAGAAUUCAUUCUGGAGAUAAACCAUAUGAAUGUAGUGACUGUGGGAAAGCUUUUCGGCAGCGAUCACAGCUUGUUGUGCAUCAGCGAACCCAUACUGGAGAGAAACCUUAUGAAUGCGGUUAUUGUGGAAAAGCUUUCAGCCAGAGGUCUCCCCUCAUUGUGCAUCAGAGAACACACAUUGGAGAGAAGCCCUAUCAGUGUAACAUGUGUGUUAAAGCUUUCAGUCAGAGGUCACGCCUUACUGAGCAUCAGAGAACACAUACUGGAGAAAAGCCUUAUGAAUGUAUCAACUGUGGGAAAGCCUUCAAUGAUCGGUCAACCCUUACAAAACAUGAGAGAACACACACUGGCGAGAAACCCUAUGAGUGUAACCAUUGUGAAAAAGCCUUUAGCCAGCGGUGUCAACUUACUAGGCAUCAGAGAAUUCAUACUGGAGAGAAACCCUAUGAAUGUGCUGAGUGUGGGAAAUCUUUCAGUUAUAAUACAUCCCUUGUUCAACAUGAGAAAACUCAUGAGAGAGAAACCCUAUGAAUAAUCAAGAUGGAAAAGCU